AUGUAUGGUGGACACACUGGUGAAGUAAAAUUAGGUGGCGUAGAUGGAAGACUUUUGAGUGUUUUAUCACAAGUAUUGCAAUUUCAGUAUGAAUUAGUUUCUCCAGCAGACAGAAUGUGGGGAAAUCGUUUGAAAAAUGGAAAUUGGACAGGACUGAUAGGAAUGGUCAGCAGGGGAGAAGCUGAUCUGGCCAUUGGCUUUCUCAGUCCGACUGAAGACAGACUGACCGCCGUUGACUUCACUGAACCAUACUCGGUCAACGAAAUAUGUUUUGCUACUCACCAACCAAGAAUCAUACCACAGCCGCAUUCUUUCUUAUACUCAUUUAAGUGGGACAUGUGGUUAUCUAUAGCUGCAGUAUGGAUUAUUCUCCCUUUUAUAUUUUAUUUGAAAUCCCGCAAAAAAUCUUCUUAUUUAGAAAUGAUGUUUCAGUUAUUCAGAAGCAUUCUUCGGCAAAAUAUGAUCAAUAUCGUAACUGCAAAUCGUUUUUUACUUGCGAUUUGGCUAUACUUUGCUUUAGUGAUUUCUUCUAGUUAUACAGCUGGACUUGCAACGCUACACACCAUGGACUACAUAGAAUCUCCAGUAAGAAAUUUCGAAGAACUUUCCCUGGCUGUUACUAAAGGAAAAUACAGAGCUUUUGCAACUCAAAGUAUUGUAGACUAUCUUCUACAAAGUGAUAAAUAUAACAUUGUCCAGCUGGGACAUAGCAUCGUUGAAAACAACUGGUUUCCUCCAUUGUCUAAUUCUUUGGAUGAAAUGUAUUUUGACGGUAGAACAGCAAUAAUAGAUGUUAAAUUAGUGUUUGGUCUUCAAUUUGGACUGCCUCCAUGGUCCACUAAAUACAUUUCUGAAGAUGUCUUGGAUUCUGUUAGUGUGGGAAUCGCAAUCAGAAAAGAUUUCUGCUGUAAAGCCGCUUUAGAUGCUCUAAUUGUGAGAAUUAACAGAGGUGGAUUCUACAACAAGUAUCUGAGCGAGGAAAUGUACAAAACUUGGCUGAAAAAAUACACAAUGAAAUCCAAAACACGUAAACAAAUUACUUUAAAUAAUAUAUUUCCAGCCUUGACUAUUCUUGUAUGUGGUUAUGCAUUGUCUAUAUGUAUGCUCAUUUUAGAAAUCUUCCAUAUGAUAUACGAACGAAACAUCAAUUAUAAUUAA